AUGAGUGGCAUCCCAGACCUUGUAGAAGUCAUCAAGCUGCAAGCUUCGGGCCCCGCAGAGGCUGCCCGCGCCAUUCGCAAGAAGCUCAAGUACGGCAACGUCCAUCGCCAGCUCCGAGCUUUGACCAUCCUGGACGGCUUGAUCCAAAAUGCCGGCCCACGUUUCCAACGAGCUUUCGCCGACGAGCCUCUGUUGGAACGACUGAGGGUCUGCGGAACCUCCGAUCUCUCUGAUCCCGACGUCAGAAAGAAGUGUACCGAGUUGUUCCGCAGCUGGGCUCAGUACAAGAGCACGCCAGGCUUGGAGCGUAUUGCGAAACUGCACCAGGAACUACCCAAGCGCAAGGUUGCUGUGACCCAGGAGCGAUCCAAAGCUGUGCGGGAGACUGAGAAUCCCUUCGGGGAGGAGGAAGAGGACAAGCCUCCUUCGCCCACCACCCGUGCCGGCGAGUCAUCCAGGCCUCAACAAACGCCGUAUCUGCCUUACGGUAACACGUCCAAUGUCACCAACUCUUUCAGUCAUUCCAAAUCCUCUUCCCAUUCCGGCGGCUCCUUCUUCGGAUCGUCCAAGGAUAAGAAGAAGAAGGACAAGGACAAGAAGAGCAAGCGCAAGCCCUUCAACCUGGAACUGGAAAAGGACGCAAUGAAGAGCGCGAUUGCUGAGAGCUCCAUCGCCACAACCAACCUGACCAACCACCUGCAGAGCAUCAACCGCGAGAGAGAACGGAUCUCUGAUAACGCACAAGCUGUCCAGCAAUUCGAAAGCUGCAAACAGCUUAGACGAAAGAUCCUUCGUUAUAUCCACCACAUUGAAUCCGAAGAGUGGCUCGGCAGUCUCCUUCGCGCCAACGACGAGCUUGUUACGGCGCUCAUGACUUUUGAGCAGCUCGACCGCUCGAUCGACGCCGACAGUGACUCCGACGAUGAACUUGCCGAGCAAGCUCACAUGUAUCGAAUGGUGACGGAAAAGGCCAAGCAAUCCAUGUCCCCACCUCCCCCCGAUGUUUCUGGUCUGAGCAUCGGCAACACGCCGUCCCCCCGUCCGCCUGCUCCACCCCGUCCGGUCCCGAUGGCGAGGCGUUCCCCGCCCGCACCGGCUCCUGCUCCGGCGAAGCCCCCGAGACCUCCUGUCCAGAAGGUUGUUGAGCCUGACUCGGAGGAGGAGGAAGACGACGACGACCCGUUUGCCGACAAGAACGCCCUGGAGACGCCCGCGACCGAAAGAGCGGAGCCGAGAUGGUGA